AUGGAACUUAGACCUUAUCUACCGCCUGAUGGGGUCGGGUCAAACGAUGUUCAUACAGGUACAGGUGUAGGUAUGGGUUACGAAUACGGGGGAUUACCUCCUAUCGUAGGGACAGUCAGACCAGAGGAUGUGAUGAAGGCUCCUAAUCCUAGUAAUUCAGAUAGUAUACAUGGCAGUUCUGGUUCUGGCAGUGGAAAAGGUACUUCUUCUGCAUAUAACACAUCCAUCCAAUCCUUCCCUUCCCCUUCCGUCCGCCCACCUCAAAGCGUAAACCCUCCUACAAUCAGUCGACACCACAGCGGUAUCAUUCAUCCUACUUCUUCGGGGAGUAGCAACCCUCCAAUACCCACUUCUUUCCCACAUCGAUCAUCUAACAAUAACAACAUCACCAGUCCAGCUUGGUCAUCCCCUAUACCUCCCAAUGCCAACGUUCCAUCUCAUGUGAGCAGCACCGAACUCUCAUCCAAUCGACCUCUAUUCUCAUCUACCCAGGGAUCAGCUAUCCCACCUCCGAUCACCCCUGAUGCUCAUCCACGUCCAUCGGUCAUUAAGACAUAUGGGAAAGCAGCGAGCUCUGGACGUACACCAUCCCCACAGAAGAAUCCUAUCAUACUAUCCUCUCCACCGGUUAUUAGAGGUGGAAGUACGUCUCCAACGAAGAAACGUAAAAAUAUCGUACUUUCUGAUGAUUCGGAUGAAGAGGAAGAACCGAUAGAGUUCCGAACGCCUUUACCCAUCCCUCCUUCCAAGGGACCAACACCGAAAUCAAGAGUCGAAGUGGUUUUACCGACAUCAAGACCUUCUUCGGCUUUAGCUAAUAAAACGCACGACACUCGUCCAUCUUCCAGUCAGGAGAGUGGAAGACAUCAUUCGCCCGAUCCGUUAGAUAGUCUGAACGGGAGUGGUCAGAGUCCCAUGAAAGGGAUAAAUCAACCUUCUUCGUCCGCCAUGACCAGUGGAAGCUCAAGGAGGGUAUCGAGUAGGGUAGCGGAGAAUAAAGCUAAGGAAUUGGCUGAGAAGGAAGAAAGAAGGAGGAAAAGGAGGGAAGAGAAGGAGAAGAAGAAACUGGAGGGAGAGGCCAAAGAUAAUAAGGGCAAACCAAAAUCGCCUGUCAAAGAUAAAUCACCCAUGAAAGAUAAAGACAAGAGUCUCGUAUCGGAAAAGGGAUCGAUGGUAGAACCGAUCGAGAUUGAAGAAUCGUUGGAGAUGGAGGUGCAAAUAGAUAAUCCACCACAACCACCUGCGAAAUCGGACGUGAUAGAGACAAGAGGGAAGAAAAGGAAAUCUGAUGUGUCAGCACCGAUCAUAGAUCAGAAUGAUCAAGAUGAAGAUUUUAAUCCGUCAAGUAGUAGGAAGGGUAAAAAAGCAAAGAAAGGGAAAAAGGAAUCGGUUAAGAAAGGCAAAGCUGCUCAGAAAAAGGUUGUCGAACCUGAACCUGAACCUGAACCCGAGCAAGAGCAAGAGCAAGAGAAGAUCGUAGAAACUACAAAUAAAGUAAUGGAGGAGGAUUUGAUGCAAGAAGAGAAAAGAGAAGAACCGGAAGAGGUGAGUGAAAAUGUUCUCAUCGUGAUCGAACAAAGUUCAGAAACUCAUAUGAGUCGUAUGUGUGUCCGGCCUCCUAAAUCACCUACUCCCCCUCCUCCAUCACCAACAAAGUCCGUUUCUCCCGCUCGACCACCCCUACGAGCUACGUCAAGUAACGUUUCGACCCCCUCAGCCUCGUCGAUCAAUCAUCGUCCGUCUCCGGGGCCGAUCACCAAAGAUGGAACACCCUCUGCACCAGGUGGAAUCAGGUGGAAAGCUCCUCGUAAUGAUCUUACAACUGUUCUAGCGAAAUUCGGAGGAGCCAAACGAUCUGGUCUAACUAAAAAACUAAGGAUCGCACCAUUACAUCAAAAGAUCGGACCACCCGCUAAAGCUCUUCCGCCUGUUCCUAAGAAACCGGAAAAGAAGAAAGGUGCCUCAGAUGAUGAAGAUGAUGAAGAUGAUGAAGACGAGGAUGGGGAGAAGAAGGUUGGGAAAGGGACGAUGGAAUGGUUCAUGGUUGAAGAUUGA